AAUUAUCAGACGUAUUAUUACAUCUCAUGAGUGAACAUGGUGGCCAACUUCUACUUCGUGUUGAUGGCUGUCGAUUUAUUCAUCAUUUGUGGAAGUAAUUUGGCAAUUAACAUCGCCCGUGAUAAGCCUACGGUGAUGAGCAGCACGUAUUCAACUUAUGUUUCCAGUUUCGCCGUCGAUGGGAAGACGGGAACUAAUGCAUAUAUCGAUGGCUGUACCCACACCAAAAUACCUGCCAGCAAAUCUUGGUGGAUGGUUGACUUGCAGGGAACGUAUAAUGUUCACACCGUUACCAUAACAAACAGAGAUAGAUUCCCAGAAAGACUCCACAGUUUUGUUAUCGAAAUCUUUUCACAAAACCCUCAAGGAUGUUCAAGGACCGGUUCUGUCGUUUGUUGGAAUUACACCGGAGCGGAGCUGCCAACAGGCAAAUCUACGUUUACGUGCGACGGACCAACCAGAGGCCGAUUCGUCCGUAUAAGGAAAUGGAAAGUAAAGCAUAGCCAAGAUGUACUAUCCUUGUGCGAAGUUCAAAUAUACAGCUAUGAAGAAAAUGGUUGUGAUAAUUUUAAGUAUUUCUGGCGUCAGUUGGGAACACGUCUGUUAAGUCAACACUCUGAGCAGUUAAAUGACACGUCAUUGAUGGAAUGCUUAACGACAUGUGAAAGGGAAACCGGCUGUUUGGCUUUCAACAUCAAUGUCAGCAUUGAACAGUGUCAACUCAUCGCUAGUGGAAGUUUUAACGACAUCAAGGAGAUCAGUCCAGACUGGGAUUACUAUGGCAUGGAUUUCUGCUAGUCUGGGCGACAAACUGUUUGUAAAAUCGUAUCUCGUCACGGGGUAGAGUCUGAAGGACGAUGUAAAUGUUUUGUCUACAGGAGGACUGUUAAUUCCCAGGACGAAACAUCCUACUAGUGUUUGUUUUUAGAAACAUACAUAUAAUGGUUGAUUCAAAAUUUAUAGACAACGUGAAACAAGAAUAAUAUAUCCUAGAAAUUUAACAAUGUACUACUGAAUAAAAUAUGUACCAAUUGCAAAGCGUCAUAGAACAUUUUUAAAUACAAUAAUUAUGUUAAAAGUUGAGAUGAACAAGAACUUAAUGCAAGUAACAAUACUGGUUCAGAAUUGUUUUUAUUAAUGAAAAUGUUUUCUACCUAUUAUAAUUUGUGAAAUUCGAAAGAUUAAAAAAAAAAAAGACUGUAUAAUCUUAUAUAUAUUUCUCGGGCGAUAAAAUUAGUUUACUCUGUUUAAUGACGUCACUAAAGCAAAUUGAUUAUCGGCUUCUGGAUGUGAAACAUUUGAUAAUUCUGACAUAACGUCAUAAAAGGAGAUCAUCUGCAUGUUUUCGUUAACAGUAAGGGGCAGGAAAAGGUUCCAGUCAGAGGAAGGGUCGGGUCGAUCCUACGACUUCAGCCUCUCAGGCGGACGCGCUGCCGCCUCUUGUUUGAAGGGGAACAUGAUUAGAAUUUUGCACACAGUGGCUGUCUCAAAUAGUAUAGACUCCACACAAACGGAAACUUCUAAAAGAAUAUGUACAUUUCACUAUUGAAAAAUAAAAUAUAUACAAAAGUAAUAGAAACAUGUUAAAUGCAAUAUGCUGAAACUAGAGAUGAGAAUGAUGUUAUUCCAAGUAAAAAUACUUGUUGAGAAUUUUCUAUUCGUGGUAAACGUUUUCUACAAGUUCUACUUUGUUAAAACCGUUUUCUAUUUUGACUUCAAAAAAGUUCAAAUCCAGGCCAUUAUAUAUAGAAUGUAUGAAUGUUUAACGACACCCCAGCACGAAAAAUACAUCGACUAUUGGGCGUCAAACUAUGGUAAUGCAAAUAAAUAAAGUGAUGAUCAACAUCAAUAUAAAAAUUCAAGAUUUAAAUAAAAACAGUGUAACGAACUGUGCAAAAAUACAAAUAUCACAGAUAUAUACUGACCUAAACUCAAAUUUUCAUUUGUGCUGUAUUGGCCAUUCUCAAAAAGAAUGCUACACCCCUGCACCACGGUGAGGUUACAGCACGCAGCACAGUUCAUCAUUAAUUACUCUAUGUAAUGCAGUACAAUUUCUACAUUGGAAUAUAUUCUUUGAAAAAUAAACAAUAUGUCGAAAGAGAUUAUUUUUUCGUAAAUCGACUUUGCUUUUCAUCUAAUAAAAUUAUCUUAUUUUUAUAUUUUUUGAUGAUGAUCAUCAUCAUCAUAGAGCUCGGUGCAUGUACAGAUAUUUCCUUUCGGUUUCCACGCUAAUGCUCAUACAUAGCUUCUGUACUCUGGUUGGAGUUUGGAGUUUUCCUUCUCCUAGGAGAGUUUCCUUACUAGUAUUCUGAGCUCAAUUUUGAUUUCGGAGUUGCCUUCUCUUAUAGGACAAAACAGAAUAUUUAUACAGUUAGUAGUAAUUAUUUCCAUAUCUGUUUGUAUUCUAUAAUGUCUGGAACAAUAUCAUUUAUUAUAGUUAUUGUUUAAACAAAUUCUUAAUAGUGCAGUUUGUCGUGUCGCGCACUAUAGACAAAAACGAAAUUACGUAACUAUUGUAUUAGUGAUCGUUAGGAUGCACAAUGCCUGCUACAUUUAGUUGUAUUUCAUACUAAUAUGUUUAUAGUGUAUGAAUCUAUGUUUGUAAAUAGUUGCCGUAAUGUAUUUAUGGGAUAUUAGUGUAUUACGAUCGCUAAAUGUGUUAAUUUAAUGUUGAAGUCCGUGUUUUGGCCUUGCGGUCUUCGACUUUAUUUAGUUCCCACAUUCCUGUGCAUAUAGAAGUUAUGACACAACAUUGAUUUAAUAUUAUUGAUGCAAAUAGUUCCUCAAUUGCAACGUGUGUGAACUUACACACUGAAAACAUUCCAUGGGUUCAUAAAUAAACUGUGAUAAAUUUCCGUUUGAUCGACUGUUUUAACAUGGCUGAAAACUUGUACGAUCGAUUAGCUAUUCUUUCAGUUAAACGUAUCCUAAUAUUGUCUGUACUUCAUGGCAAAUAAUUUGUUUAAUUAAGUGAAAUAAUAACCGUAAAACUGAUUACCGUAAUAUUAGUGUUUUUUAGGAACUAUAUUCUUGUGCGCUAAGAACCUGUUUACUCAUACUGGUUGCUAAGGUCGGAUAUAUCGGCACACAAUAUUUGUAAACAACAGUAUUAAAAUGCUGUUUUUAUAAUUACCUCAAAGGGUUUUUCAUUAAAAACAUUUUAUAUUGACUUUAGAUCGAAAACGCAAUUGUGUAAUAAUAGUCUCAUAUUAAUGCACAUUAGAAUUUGUGUGUAUUAGUUUUAAUUCCCCGUGUAUUUGCAAUGCACCAUAGCUUGUUUUGUGCCAGGUAAAUAAUGUCGUGUUUAAAAUAUCCCCAAAGGCUUUUUCAUUAAAACUAUUUUAUAUUGAAAUAAGACUAUCAACGCAAUUGUGUAAUGAUAGUCUCAUGUUUGUGCACAUUAGACUUGUCUUUGUGCCUAGUAAAUACUGUUGUUUUUACGAAUAUUCUAAAAGCUUUUUCUGUGAAAUUGUUUCACGCUAAUUUUAGAUUGAAAAAGCAAUUAAGAAAUGCUAGUUUUAUGUUUGCACACUUUAGAAAUUACCAGUAUUAAUUAUUUUAAUUUGGUAAUCAUUUUGCUUUUUGCUAAUCUGACUUAUUAAUAAUAGGUGAAGUUUCUCAGGACUUAGAGUGUGCAUUUACAGACUGUAAAUUGCAAACUGAAGCUGAACCUAAAAGCAAUUACUUUAUUUAUUGAGCAAUUUUGCGCAUAACGUAAUUAUUAAAUGAAAUUAUAUUUAUUUUGAAAAGGUAGAUAGAUCUCUUCCUACCGUAACGUAAUUUCUUAUUGGUUGUUAUGACGUCAAGUGAUACUUAUGAAACAAGUAUAAAAGGCGGACGUCAAUGGACGUCAAGGGCUGUUCUCUCACUCGUUCCUGGUCUGACAAACAAACAUUAAAAACAUGUCCCCUUGUCCAACUUUCUAAAUGUAUUGCAUUACAUACAUUUAAAUUGACACUGGAAUACUUUUAACUUGUAGUUUCAAAGUAAAUUUUAGCAAAGUGACAUCCCUGAGUUUGCUGCAUUGUAAGAUGUUUCCGACUAAUACAAUAGUUCUGCGAUCAAACUUACAUAUUAAAUAUAUUAACUUGUUUAGUAUAUCAGUAUCGAUAUAUUCAAUGUGCU